GGUGGUCGUGUCACGGUCGUAGGAAGUACACUCGCGAUCAUCCAAGUCCCCGGACAAGCAACAAGAUGACUGGCCGUGGAAAGGGAGGUAAGGGAUUGGGCAAAGGAGGCGCAAAGCGUCACAGGAAGGUGCUUCGCGACAACAUCCAAGGCAUCACCAAGCCGGCCAUUCGUCGGUUGGCUCGACGUGGAGGCGUGAAGCGAAUCUCAGGUCUCAUUUACGAGGAGACUCGCGGUGUCCUCAAGGUCUUCCUUGAGAACGUGAUUCGUGACGCUGUGACCUACACGGAGCACGCGAAGAGGAAGACUGUCACCGCUAUGGACGUCGUCUAUGCCUUGAAACGCCAGGGACGCACUCUCUACGGUUUCGGCGGUUAAACCGCAACGCCACAUACAUGUCUGCGACUAAGACAAAUCGGCCCUUUUUAGGGCCAACAAUAUUAGUCCAAUGCAAAGAACCGAAUUUUACAUCACCAACAGCCGUACAAUUGAUUCAUAGAUUAUAUGACACGUAACACUUUUAUUCUCUUUGGCCUAUCUUAAUCGUAGAACUGAAACAGAAAUAUUACUCUUCACUUGAUGGAGUGCGUAUAUUUGCAUCUGUAAUUUAUGGCGGUCGUGUGA